AUGCCCCUGCCUGAGCCCAGCGAGCAGGAGAGUGAGAGGAUGAAGACCGGCCAGGAGCCGUCCCCUGAGGCCGGCACAGAUGCCGUCCCCGCAGACCCCACCGACCCCAACGACCCCAACGACUCCAACGACUCCAACGAAUACUUCAAUCUGGUCCUGGUGACGAUCUGCAGUGGGGACGAAAAUGGCGUGGUCUCCCUGGCCAAAGACGUGCACAUGACCCUGGAGAUGCCUGGCCCCAACACCCUGGGCGGGGCCCUGCCGGCCGAGGAGCAGGAGGCGCCCGUCCAGCCAAGCCCCCAGGCCCUGGAGCAGAAACGCAGCCAGCCCGACACCGCGGCCCCCAAGCCCCUGGAGUUCCUGAGGACCCCGUUCGGGGGCCGCCUCCUGGUGCUGGACUCCUUCCUGUACAAGCAGGAGAAGGCCAUGGGGGACAAGGUGUACUGGAAGUGCCGCGAGCACACGGAGCUGGGCUGCCGCGGCCGGGCCAUCACCCGGGGCGGGCGGGCCACUGUGAUGCGGGGCCACUGCCACGCCCCGGACGAGAAGAGCCUGGAGGCCCGGCGCCUGAAACAGAAGCUGCUGCGCCCGCCCGAAGGCCCGGGGGACCCCCAGGCUCCCGGAGGCCAGGGGGAGGAGCCCCUCACGGAGGCAGGCCCAGUGCCGACCCCCGAGGAGCCGGAGGAGCCUGACCCUGAGCCGUACUUCUUGAAUCGAAGCGUGACCCUGCUGACCUUGCCUCUCAGGAGCUUGCCUCUCAAGAAACGCCGACUACUGAUGAUUGAGCGCCCGCCCUUCGAGUUCCUGAAGACCUGCUAUGGGGGCAGCUUCCUGGUGCACAAGUCGUUCCUGUACAAGCGAGAGAAGGCGGUGGGAGACAAGGUGUACUGGACGUGCCGAGACCACGUGCUCCAUGGCUGCCGCAGCCGGGCCAUCACCCAGGGCCAGCGAGUGACCGUGAUGCGUGGCCACUGCCAUCCGCCCGACAAGGAGGCCCUGCAGGCCCGGCGGCAGCAGGAGAAGAUCCUGGAGACACAGAGGCCCAGGCCCAGGCCCAGGGACAAGCUGCUCCAAGGGGUGGACAGCCUGCUGUACCACAGGGGGUCCGGCACCCUGACCCUCACCAGGCCCCGUCCCAAGAAGCACGCGAAGCCACAGGCCCUGCAGGAACCUCCCACCAGGGACCAGGAAAGGGGCCGGGGAGGCCCUGAGUUCCUGAGGACCCCUCUGGGGGGCAGCUUCCUGGUGCACGAGUCCUUCCUCUACAGGCGGGAGAAGGCCUCUGGCAACAAGGUGUACUGGACGUGCCGGGACCAGGCCCGCAUGCGCUGCCGCAGCCGGGCCAUCACGCAGGGCCAGAAGGUGACCGUGAUGCGAGGCCACUGCCACCCGCCGGACCUGUCGGGCCUGGAGACCCUGAGGCAGCGGGAGAAGCGCCCUGGUGCCAGCCAGAGGGGGAACGCGGAAGACACUGAGUUCCUGAGGACCCCUCUGGGGGGCAGCUUCCUGGUGCACGAGUCCUUCAUCUACAGGCGGGAGAAGGCCACGGGCGACAAGGUGUACUGGACGUGCCGGGACCAGGCCCGCCUGAGCUGCCGCAGCCGGGCCAUCACGCAGGGCCAGCGGGUGAUGGUGAUGCGCAGGCACUGCCACCCGCCGGACCUGGGGGGCCUGGAGGCCCUGAAGCAGCGGGAGCCGUUCCCCACCCAAGUCCCGCGGGAAGGCUCAGGGCCCCCCCAGCCUCUGGAGUUCCUGAAGACGCCCCUCGGGGGCAAGUUCCUGGUGCACGAGUGCUUCCUCUACAGGAAGGAGAAGGCUGCCGGGGAGAAGGUGUACUGGAUGUGCCGGGACCAGGCCCGGCUGGGCUGCCGCAGCCGGGCCAUCACCCAGGACCAGCAGGUGACGGUGAUGCGCGCCCACUGCCACAUGCCUGACCUGGUGGGCCUGGAGGCCCUGAGGCGGCGCGAGAGGCUUCCCGCUGCAGCCCAGAAGGAGGACCCAGGGAGUCUCAGUGAGGCCAGUCUCCUUUCCCACGGGUGUCGCCAGCAUCAAGGACCCCGGCAUUUCCCACCAAAUUAG